GAGACAGAACUAUGUUUCCGCCCUCUUCGCCUUUGUCGCAUGAAAACGGAAAACUCAACCUUAUUUACUAGUUUUCUCUACAAUUUCGCCAAUUACACACAUAAUACAAUUUGUCAAUACAGUUUUUAUGUACUCUGUUUCCAUAAAAAUGUAGGUUUUAUCUGAGUGUUUAGAAAACAUCAAGAGAAUCAUUCAUUUUCCUGAAAAGCUGUAAUCAUGUAUUCCAGAAAUGACAAGUGAACAGCGCGAAGUCAGCUCAAUGAUGAGCAGAUUCAAGGUGUUCUGUGGUGGGGAGGCGUGUGGGGCGAGAUGGACCCUCGGGGCCUUGCUGCUAGCACCUCUGACAGCUGCCAACUCGAGCUAUUGUGCGAUACCUGCUGUGAUAUUGGUGGCCGUCUUCAUUACCUUCGCUACACUAACAAACAGAGAUUUGAAAAAGAUGUCCGACAUCCUCCCACCGCCGAAAACGUCACGAGGCAGACGGGAGAGGAACUUCAGAUCUUUCGCUGACUUCAUGGCUAUGUGGAUGUGGUUUCUAUCGCACUUGGUGGCUGUCGCUGUAUGCGCAAGGAUCUUGAGUGCUACAGCUGACCACGUUACCGGUGGCAGAACUAGGCGAUGGCUGUUCGGGUACGAGACGAGGUCGCUGGGAGAACCCUGGCCGGAUGUGCUGGGAGUUACUGUUGUUCUCGUUGUCUGUGCUAUGUUUAUGUGUGGGUUGGAGGAGAGCAUGAUGUUCACAUUUCUGCUAUUAAUCUUACUCUACAUAUUCAGUCAAUCUUUCACGAUAUUUGGCUUAAUGAAUUUGGAUAUAGCAAACAUAAAGAUACCUAUACCCAUCACAGUUUAUGAGCUAUUCGCAGCAGGAGCUCCGAUAUCUUAUACGUUUUGUAUCGUACAAAAAAAACAUCAAAAUGAACAUUUUAAAAGGAAUAUAUUUCUUAUAAUUGGUCUACCAGCUAUUGUGCUUUGUUGUUUAUGUUUUCUUUACACCAAUAUGCUGAAAGGGAUCACUAUCGAUGCUGCUCUACCAGUCACUACAUUGCUAGAAGCGAGGAUAGCUGGCUGGAUUUGCCCAAUCUUAGCAGCUAUAACUGUAGCCGGAAUAUGUCUCGCUCUGACAGAACUUUGUCCAUUACUCUUCUCUGUGUUGGUACUCCUGGCAUCACCUGAAUGGAAAGUUCUUACUCGAUCUAUGACGUAUGAGAGCACUACUACUGGCAGUCCAGUUUUGGCCGUUUUUACUGCAGGAAGUCUUGCAGCGAUAUUAGCGUUUGCUUGCCCUUUAUCGCAUAUGAUUACGCUGAUGAACGCAAGCCACUUGCUAGGUAUAACAAUCCAAGCUCUACACUUUAUCAUAAUGAGGUGCGUCCCCACUGCGGAACAAAUUGAGGCUGGUGAUGUUGAAUAUAAACGACUUGGUAUUGGUGGCAAAACUAGAAAGGCUUCAGGAAUGAAAAGCAAGCGCAGUCUUUGGUUCAUUCCCUCAGCAAUACGACAUACAAAAACAUUAGAAAGUAUUAAAUCUAAAGUUAAUAAAGAAACAGAAGAAAGAGAAUGCCUCUUACUAGACGAAUACAACGGUUGUCCAAGUGAAGAGAUCGAACAUGCCAGCUCUGGAAGUGGCAUGGCUGAGUUGGCUGAAGCAGAAGUCGUUGAUAUUCCAUCAGAUUUAGAAGCCAGUGCUGGUGAACUGUCCUCUGGAGAUGAUUCUACUGAUAUCGAUGCUGUGGUGAAAGAAUAUAGGGAUAGGAUACAGGUUGUAACGUCUAUCCCGGAGUCAAGUAUACCAGCGCCACCCAGUGUCCACGGGGUGCGAUGGGCUGUAAUUGGUGCUGUUGUACAAUUAAUAGCCGAUGGAUUCAUAGCGGUUGCCUUUUGCAGUGAAAAAUUCCGAACGCCUAUGUUCUCAGCGGGAAUACCACUUUGGUUUUGUGGCACAUUGAUUUGCGCCUGGCAACCGGCUCAUAACGUGGGAGUAAAAACACUGAACAAGAUUCAAGGUCCAAUCACCAUGUUGAUAUCUCUACUGCUCUUGACACCCUUACUGUUGGAUUCAUGGCCUGCGAUAAUUCUCUUUGCUGGGGCUGGUGUUGUUAUCUACGCCCGUUGCGAGCGCUGGUGCGGCGACCUGGCCGUGCAUCAGGCGCGCACCACGCUCGAGCGGCGCAAGCUGCGGCACGCGGCGCCGCUCGCUGGGGCGAGGCUCACUCACAUAGACACCGUUUACAUCACUAGAUGACAGGAUGAUGACUCGGAUACGAGUCUGGACAAUUUAUUGGACGCUGAGGAAGAGGAUUUGGAAGCAAAUGGCGAAUGACAUGAACAUAACGCCGUUCUUAUAAUAGCCUCUUAAGAGUUAGGAGGCAAUAAUUCAUAACCCCGUUAGUGUGAUAUAGCAAUAAUCAUUACAAUGUCGAUUAAUUAAUGUCACAUUUUUCGUCUCUGUAGAAAGUUUAAUAAUAGUGCUAAGUGUUAUAGGCGCUACUCAGAUUAACUAGGUACUGUGUACAUUUUAUAAAUUCAAAUUUUCCGCUUUUCCGUCGGAUGCAUUUUUAAAUGAUUGUUAAAUUAAACAAUAAAUAAUAGGAUAAGGUGAAUAUAGAAAGCACGUAGUAUGUGAUCAGGAUUUAUAAAAAUAAUAAGUUGCUUCUAAUAAGAAGUGUAUUCUGUCGGGUAUCUUAAUUUUAGAAAACUUUUAUGUGAGAUGAAUAUUACAAAAAUGUCUUAUUUGUAGAAACAUAUACCUACCUGAAUUCAGUUCAGAACAGAAAGUAGGUACCUACACACGUAGGUAGAUAUAUACCUAGCUACGUUGGUCUGCUUUUUUUUGUUGUUUCUAUGUUCCCAGUUCCCACUUGGUUUAAAUUAGGAUUUCAUUUUUAUACAUUUGUUAAAUUAAUCAUCCGUCCUUGCUAAAUUAUGAAUUAUAAUUACAUUUUUGCUAAUCAUGUAUGUAUGUGUUAUCGAUUUAAAUAUAGUUAUGAAUUUAAAAAUCUAGUUACAUUUUUAAAAUUAAUAUUAAAUUACGUAGCCACUAGCUGGUAGGUAACUUAACAAUUAAAAGCGCUUGCUUUAAGCAAAUUUGCUUAACAUAAAGUUAAUGUAAAUAAAAAUAUAUUUUUGCAUUUUUACCAGUGCAGGUUUUGCCUUAGUCAUAAAUUCUAAAUUUUAUAUGAUUGAAAUAAAUUAGAUUGGCGAAAGCUACGUGAACGUUCGCAAAUUUUGAUGCCUUAGAUUUAAUGUCGUAAAAAUUUUGUAAAAUAUCUGAGUUAAAUUAAAUUGUGAAUUUUCUAAAUAUCGACUUUGGAAUAUAUUAUAUAAAUUAAAAUUAUGUGAAAUUUGUAUCUAUAUUUAGAACCGAUUAUAUAUUGUUAUUUAUGCACACGAUUAUGCACCACAUGUGUAAAUAAAAUAUUUAUUAAUGAUAUAAUACAGAUGAUUCCUUUAAAAAGAAUAUUACCUACAAAUAUGCAUAUUGUAGUUAUCCUAUUAUUUCACAUUUACUGUA